UCGGGCCGAAAUAGUCGAAGGUGUGCCUGGUUUCUGAGGGCAGUGUGUGUGGGUGUGUCUCUGGUAGAACCCUUGCUCCCUACCGUCUUCCCCCCAACACAACGCACCCUGAAAAAUGAAUGUAUACAAGCCAUCUUUCCGGUCUGGUGACGCCGAAAUGACGACCGAGUGUAGGUUUCCGGCUCCGUCUGUGUUGGCCUUGGGAUUGGAAGGGCGAUCGGCCACGGAGUCGAUUGGUCAACCCGUAAGCGGCGAGGGAUCUGAGCUUGCAGACGGCCACGGCGAUGGUGAGAAGAAGGGGGGGAGGGUGCUCGAAACAGCCGCAGCAACGAAGGUUCCAGAGGCGUUGGUGGUGUUGAACUCAGAAGUGCUGACUCUGGAAGGAGACAUCCACGCUGGCCUCUCUCUCGAACAAAAAGGCGUUAUUCUCGACCUGGCCCUUUCGUCGGACGGUAAGUCGGUUUACUCGUUGCAAUUCAAACAUGUGGACAUGUCGUCGUCUUCAGGAGCGGAUGGCGGCGGUUCCCUGGGCGCUUAUGAGGGUUUGUGCCAGCUGCGCACGACUGGGAACCUUAAUGGCUUAGCCGUAUUUCCGUCCCGUCGCGCCAGCACGAGAUCAGGGGGCGCCGAUGUACCGUCGGCAGCAGCAGCAGCUGAACCGGAUGCAGUGGCUUCGACGGGCGGCGGCGAGGAGGGAACAGACCUUGUCUUAGUGAGUGGGUACAUGGACGGCAAAGGAGGAAACGUGUGGAGCCUAGAUCCACGCAGAGCGGAUGUCGAGUGCUCCGAGAGUCAGUUCUUGCUGGCAAAUCUCCCCGAACCGGAGUCAAUGGCGGUGGAUCGCUUGCAAAUUGUGCGACGGCAGAAGGAGGAGGAGGAGGAAAAGGUGGUUGGCAGUAAUGAGGGGGGGUGGGUUUACGUGGUGACGCAACGAUCGCGCAUCUUAAAGAUCAGGCACAGUGAUAACAAUGGGAGCAACGCCCUGCUGCGGGAUACGGGCAAACUGACUCUGGCCGGCGGCGAAGGCAGGGGCUUCUCUGAUGGCGAGAACUCGUCUUCCGUGCUCUUCGAUAAGCCUCGGAUCGGGUUCUCCUCCAUCGCUGGCGAUGGCCGAUUCCUGUUCGUCGCUGACCGGGGCAAUGGACGGGUGAGACGUGUUGACACGAGGACAGGCGCGACCCAGACCGUUGCGAUCUUUGGUGAAUCCGAAGAGGUCAUGAUCACAGACGGCAACCCCGCGGCUGUUGCCGUCACGCGAGAUGGUCUUCAUCUCUUCGUCAUCACGAAACUUAGUCGUGCUGAUACCCGUGCAGAGAUCCAAUGGGUGAGGCUCGGAAUCGAUGGAGUUCCCGAGGGGAGAUUCACCACUGUAGCAUACCUCGCGAAUACUAUGGAAAGUCUACUUUCCAUUGCCAUCUCCGACGACUCCGGCCAUCUAUACGCGGGUGACAAUCGAGGGAGGAGCAGGAAUUUCAAAAUGUUGUCGGUGGAGUAUGUGGUUCCCACUGUGGGAUGGCAGGCACAGCUGCAGCUGUCCUUGAAGUUGGUCCAAGGAGGGGCAGCAGUGCCGCAGCACCAUUCACUGCCAUUUCGGUAAAACUGACUUUGUUUUUUUUUCACCUUCUGUUUGCGGAAAUUGUUUGUUGUUGAAAAGGGGGAAAUAUUUUUUGCUGUGUUCUUGGUCAAUUCGGCUUUGUAGUUGAAAGCGGAAGGUUUUGUUUUUGCUGUGUGAAAAUGGAAGAUUUUUGGUGGUUUUUUUUUUAAUAUUAUUUUUUAACGACUUUUGUUGUGUUUUGGCGAAGGAGGGUCAGUCUGAGUCUGCAGAUGAGAGUGGGAUAUUUUUUAUGUGUUUCUGGUGUCUUUUUUUUUGGGGGGAGCGACGGAGGGUGAUCCCCCUCCCAAUGAUGUGUUUAGACUCUAGAGCAGUCAGUUUGGGUUUUUGUAGUUAACAAAGGAAGCUUUUUGCU